AUGGAUGCAUCAUGCUGCGUGACUGAAGCAUGUGCCGCAACCUCCAUACAACCAAGCGUGUACAAUUCGCAAACCUCAACUUUGAAGAGCCUUGAAGAAAUACAGCACGUGAUAGAAAGGCUGCAGCGAGUUCAGCUUCUUCAAGAACAGCGCAUCAACGAACUUGAACGCCAGCUCAAGUCACACCAUGGAAGCGUAGUCGAGUUUCCCUGCUUCUCUCGCCUACCUCCAGAGCUGAGAUGCCUUAUAUGGGAGCUGGCUUUGCCUGUGCAGAUUUUUCGGCCCUUCCGCUAUCUUCAGCCUUCGUUCUUAGAAUGGUCAACUGUCAUCCCACCGGCCAUCUCCCGUGUCUGUCGGGAGGCUCGAUACGUUGCGCAUAGGCAUGGCGCCCUCUAUUGCCAUGAGUUUCUCGCUCCCAUGUCUUGGGCAUGGUUCAAUGGACACAAAGACAUACUAGAUCUUUCCCCGUAUCGCAUAGCGAAAGAUGGGUUCAUCCCUCUGGAGGCAAAGCUUCUCAAAGAAGCCAAAACUAUCCUGCUGGAUGCGGAUCACGUCGACAAACGGUUGAUAGCCGGGUUGUUUGGUGAAGGUAGCCGCCUUCCAAACGUCCGCACCAUCUACCUGAUGGCAGGAAACAUAUUUCUGGCAGAAAGGCAAUCUUGGCAUCCCCAUGCGGUGGCCCGACUCUUUGGGGACAAAUCCUUCGCCCAUGUGGACAUAGAAGAUGGCGAAGAGGUUGAGCGGCUUGAACAGCUGCUACUCGAUAUGGCCAGCGCUUCCGACGGGAGUUUCACGGACAAGUGGCACAGAGAUACCAUUUCCAGGCUGCAGACUCAAGUUCGGCCGACGGCCACCGUUAUGGAGCCCUGGAAGAAGGCAAAACAGCUCGUAAUGCAAGGGUGGAUGUCGUACAACGUCGACGCUUCCCCGUCAGAUGUCGAGAACCAUGUCGAGGAAGACGGUACGAUGAAAGAAGACGAGGUCAGAAAGUGGUAUCCCCAAAUGCCUGCAGUCAAGUUGGUGCAGACAUUUGAGCUGUCGCCGGUCACUAAGCUCGCAAAGUGGUACAAAGAUCAUGGAAGACAGUAUAUCGAGGACGUAAGAGGUUGA